UUUAUUUCGUAAGGGGCUACAUCUUGGGGUUACCAAGCGCGUUGCUUUGAUAAAUAAAACAGUUAGCUCAGCUGGCUAGGUGAUGCUAAGAGGGAAGCUUUUCGCUGCUACACAUUUCCUGUUUCCUAGCAACCAGAGGGAUGUGGAAACGGGGAUGGAGGAAAAGGGACAGUUGGAUAGAAGGGUUUGUCCUUUAUAUGAAAAAUUGAUCAAAACAAAACAAGAAGAGUGGAGAUUCGUGCAGCUAUAGGUCGCAUUAAAACAAACGUCUCCAGGCAUCUCUUCUGCCUGCUGAUGUUGCCUCCCAGGACCGUCCUUGGAUCUUAUUGGAAAGAACUGGUAUUCCUUUUUAAGGAAUAAACAACGGAUGCACCUCAGUCCAGCAGGUCUUUAAAAGCUGAGUCCUGUUCACCUGUCAUCAUCUGGUGAUGGCAGAGCAAGACACUGUCAGAGCAGGGACUUUUUCUCCCAGGCAACGUGCUAGGAUAAGCCCCAAUAUGACCAGCCUGCUGGAACCCAUGGACGCUCAUCAUCAGCAAGAGGAAGAACGCAAAUUUAAAUGCAAUGAAUGUGGGCGUGGCUACAGACAUGCUGGUAGCCUAACCAAUCACAGAAGGACUCAUGAAGUUGGUUCGUUUCAGUGUACCAUUUGUGGAAAAGAAAACUGGAACGCCUCAGCCAUGAAAAAUCACCUCCGGAGCCACACUUUGUGUAAAAAGUUCUCCUGUGCAGAUUGUGGAAAAUCUUUUCGUUUGGCAGCUCAGCUGCUUACGCAUGAGAGGAUUCAUCUUGCCCAAAGGUCAAGGGUUCAUCCAUGUAGGAAUACAGAUGUGGAAAAGUCCAUACAUGAGAAUGAAAGUGAUCAGCAAUCUCAACUUAGUGAGUAUUCAAACAGUGUUGGGAUUUCUACAGGAACUAUCCCACAGGAUGUUUCCAGUUCCCAGUCUGAGAACUGUAGUGAUGCAGUAAACAGACCCUUUCGAUGUAACCUGUGUGAGAAGUCAUACAUCCACCACCGAAGCCUGAUCAAUCAUAAAAAGACUCACCAGCUGGGAAUGUUUGAAUGCACCGUGUGCUUCAAACUGUGUAACAAUAUGGGCGCCCUGUACAGUCACCAGAGGACUCACAAGGCACGAGGCGAGAAGGUUCUUAGCUUGACAGCUGGAUCCCACACAAACACCACACUGGAUCAGUUCCCUCUGCAGAGCCAAGACGUUCCAGGGAAUUUCUGCCAUUUGUGUCAGGCACUUUUUCCAAAUAAUACGGAAUUCCAGGACCACAUCCAAAUGCACAACUCGUCUUCUCAGUCGUUUUCAGAGCAGAUAAAUAUUUACGAGCCCAGCAUGGCGUCACCUGAGUCUAGUUUUUGUGUGUCUCCUGUAGAGAAUUUACCUCCCUUGUCGCUGACAGAUCAUCCCAGCUGCUUUGAUCAAGCAGAGAGUGAUAUAACUAAUAAUCAUGACCACAUUGGCCCUCAGGGAGGCCCCUCAAGCGACGUGCCAUCACAGAACACUGACAGCGCGACUAAAACUGAAGAAAUGUCAGCUCCAGAUUCUGAUGAGCGACCCUUCAAGUGUCACACCUGUGGUAAAAGCUACCGGCAUUCUGGGAGCCUCAUCAAUCACAAAAGGUCCCAUCAGGUCGGGGUUUUCAAGUGUUCUGUUUGCAGUAAGAAGUAUCCUCACCUGGCUGCUCUGAAAAGUCAUCUCCGUCUUCACAAAGUUCAGCGCUCAUCCUUCCACCUCCAUGCAGAGGGAGAGUGGCUCUCACCAGAGCCGUUGACUCUGGACAGGCAGCAGGGCUGCUUCUAUUCCCCAAACGAGCAGAAACAGUCUGUGUUUGGUGUGGAUCAGGAAAACAUGGCUGACACCAGCUGUGGAGCGUUUUACGAGGAGCAGUCUGAUCAGGACGUCUGCCAGGACGUGACGUCACAGCUACCUCACAGUGAGCUCCCCACGCAGAGGCACAUGUGUGCAGACUGCGGGGAGAUGUUUGCAGAUAUAGCAGGGAUUAGGUCUCAUAGCUGCCCACUUCUGCAGCACCAGCAAAGACCUUCUGAUGUUCAUCAUGCCCACAGUUUGAACUUUAAUGCCAUUAAUGACCAACACGCCUCUGAAGAUCCAGAAAUAAACUUGGACUUUCACGGCUUGCAUGGUAAGAGCCACACUUACUUUGAACAGAGUUCCCAUGAAAAUGUGAACGGUGUCGGAGAGGACGACAAUCCUGAUGAAGAAGAUGAUGAUGGAGAUCAUUAUCAGUGCUCUGUGUGUGGAAACAGCUACACCACCAUGACGGCUCUCAGGAGCCAUCUGCGAGGGCACACGCAGUCCCAUGAUGCUCCUCAAAGCUCAGAUCCUUCUUCCCUUUCCUCCCAAGAAGAAGUGAGAGAUGAUGAGCCAGGAGAGAUGAUGAUCUGUAGUGCAUGUGGGGAGACCUUUGUGAACAGGCAGGACUUGAUCACUCACCAUCUUCGUCACAAGAAGAGCCAAGCAGACUGUCUUGAAAAUCUACCUAUGAAGAGCGAUGUUUUAGAAAGUAAAGAGGAAGCAUGCAUCAUCUGCAGCAGAUGUGGCAUCUCCUGCAGAAGCUACAAUCAUCUAAACAGCCAUGACUGCACAGCAGAUAAGAAGGACGAGUCAGUUUGCUGUAAGGAGGAGGUUAAGGUUGAAGACAGUCCCCAGCAUGAGGAGACACAUCUCAACAGAGAAACCGGUGAUUGUGAGAUUCGUCAGUAUAAGUGUGAUCAGUGUGGAAGGUCCUACAGGCAUGCCGGCUCCCUGCUCAACCAUAAAAAGUCCCACAAAACCGGCGUGUUCAGAUGUAUCAUCUGCCAGAAACGCUUCUACAACCUGCUGGCCCUUAAAAACCAUCAGAGGUCCCAUUUCGAUGUGAAGAGGCAUACCUGUCAUGAAUGUGGGAGAGCCUUCAAAAUUCAGAAGCAGCUACUGAACCACCUGAGAAGGCACAAAGAGAACCAAGCCAGGAUCCAGAAACUCAUGGAAAGUAAUGGAAGAAUGUCAUCUUCAGCUUCGGACUCCGCUCAGCUUUUUAGGGUUCAGGACCGCACGCUGCAGCCGGAGGGACAGGCAGGAGAAACAAAGCUGGAGAUGUCCGUGAAGUCAGAGGCGGAGGGCGAUAAGAGACCUUUUUCAUGCGACCAAUGUGGUCGAACGUAUCGCCAUGCUGGAAGUUUGGUCAACCACAGAAACUCACAUAAAACAGGCGAAUAUUACUGUUCAAUCUGUAGAAACACUUACUCCAACCAGUUAGCAAUGAAGAACCACUUACGGAGCCACUUUGCAUAUAAAAAGCACUUGUGCCAGAACUGUGGGAAGGGGUUUAGAGGAAAGACGCAGCUGUUGGGUCAUGUCUGUGCAGAGCCCAGAAAGAAAGGAGUUGCAGGCAGAACGGGCCUCAGAUCCAGAGCUGUUAGAUGUAAGAAAUGUAAGAAGACCUUCCUCUCUGUUGACCAGCUGGCAGCUCAUGCUUGUGACGUGACGUCCGACUGCAGGGAUUCAGAACCAAACACCUGUCUAGGUGACGAGGACCGGCCGUUCACAUGCAACAUAUGCCAUCGCAGCUACCGGCACGCUGGCUCCCUGCUGAACCACAAAAACACACACAAGACGGGACACUUCCUCUGCACCUUCUGCUCCAAGCCCUUCACCAACCUGAUGGCUUUACGAAAUCACACCAGGAUCCACACGCAGAAGAAAAAGUACGCAUGUCUCACAUGCGGGAAGGCCUUCCGCCUCGCCAGCAUCCUGCAAAACCACCAGCAGGUCCACAGUCAGGCGUCUAGUUGCUUCAGCUGCUCUUCAUGUGGCAAGAGCUUCCAGGGGAGGUCUGAGCUGAAGAGGCACCGCUGCCAUGGAGGUCAGAGGAGCAACGAGUCUCCUGGAGUCCAGCAGCCAGAGAGAGGAGACAAGAGCUUCAUGUGUGACCUGUGUGGGCGCUCAUACCGCCACGCCGGAUCCCUCCUCAAUCACAAGAAGUCCCACUCUGAAGAUCUUCACCAAUGUACUUUGUGUCUGCAGACAUUUCCCAAUCUUCUCAGUAUGCAGAUGCACUCCCAGAUAAGGCGCCAAUGUUGCCCCGAAUGUGGCAAAACCUUCUGUCUGGUGGCACACCUGCAGAGCCACAUGGAGGUGCACUCGAAGAACCAGGGUGUGUUCUGCAGCCUGUGCCAGCAGAGCUUCCCUAGCACGGCCAGCUACCAGGAGCAUCAUACCGUGCACCAUGCAGCUCAGGGCUCCUGUCAACAAGGUGUGGAUGAACCUGCUGAGAACAACCUCUGCUGGGACUCAGGAGUAAACCAGUCUAUUGGAACGGUUCUGCCACUUUUGGCCCAGAUUCCAAACAGCAGCAGUGAUCCACAGACUGGGGAAACCUCCAUCCCAGAGGAAAAAAGUCACGUAUGUGAGCACUGCGGCCGCACCUACCGCCACGCCAGCUCCCUCCUCAACCACAAGAACAGCCACAAGACGGGCUGCUACUUUUGCUCAGUCUGCCAGAAGGAGUUCACCAACCUGAUGGCUCUCAAGAACCACCGACGUAUUCACACAGAGCCCAAACGCUACCAGUGCUUGACGUGUGGAAAGGCGUUCCGCGUGUCCACCCAGCUGAUAUGUCACCGGAGAAUACACACAAAGGAGAAGCCCUUCACCUGCCAGCUGUGCAGCAAAAGCUUCUCCAGCAAAUCCAACCUGAGGCACCAUCAGAAGAUGCACCAGAACACCACACAGACCUCCAGCUCCUCCUUUGACGUGGAUACCGAUGCAUUCAUGGACCUGGACUUGGAGUCUUUCCAGUGUUCCUGAGCAUACAGGAGAGGCGAUAUUUAUCCUCUGAUCAAUAAUUGUAAAGCAGUAUUUUCACCUUCACCUUGACAGAAGUUCUCUUUCAAAGGUCCAAAUUUUCUUGAAGAGAUGGUUCAGGAUUUUUUAAGUGAGGUCCUGUUAGAAGGAGGUAAUGUCUUUCCUGCAGUUGAUAACGGUUGGCGUCCGAAGCCAGCAGCUAGUCUGAGGCGGGUCAGAACCAUGGUGGACUUCUGCCAUCUUAAAAUGAUUCCAGUCCAAAAGAAUUAUCACAGCGGUCCCAUGAGAACUCUUCUAUGACCCCAUGAACCCUCAUCAGGUUUGCAUUAGUUGUUUACACAGAGGACAAUUAUUAUUUACAGAGAAAGUGAGGGUCGGAGGCUGUGCGCCACUAAUGCUCUUCCUGCGUGAAACACAUACUGAGAACAGAACCUGUGAGGCAAUUCCAGCCAGAGAUGGCAUCUGAUAUUUUAUAGCAGUUUAGAGGAACCAGAGGAUGUUGAAGGUAGCGCUUUUAUUCUUCAUCAUAAGGUGAUGUAAACAGCCGAUGUCCUCUCCCGCUGAGCAGAACGUUCCAGAUGGGACAAGAAGGUUUCUGUUCUACUCUAAGAUCACUGGUGGCGUAUCAUCUCCUACCCUUCCAUCUCCAGUGUGAUUAUUCAUAGUUUUCUGUGUGAACCACCCAGUGUAAAUGUGAUGACGGUUUAAAGGUUCAUUAAACUGCCGUGAUGUUUUUGCGACUGGAGUCGUCUAAGACACUAGAAGUCCGAUUUGGUCCAGGUCCCUCCCAGACUAACCGUUAUCUUCAGCCUCCAGGACCAAACAAAGACAGGAAGACAUUUAUCCACGUCAGGUAAGAUAUUGAUUACUUAAAAACUUUUAACACAAUCUGAAAUAUAACACCUGCCAGUCUGACCUCUGUAGAGAUAAGGACAUGUGUCUCAUGUCCUCAGAUGGUUCAGCAUUCCUCAUCGUUACGGCUGGAACGUUCUCCUAGGUUGAGGCGGUAAGAACAUCUGACUGCUCAUUCGUCCAGAACAAACUCAGCCACCAAAGUGAACAGAACCAUGCAGACUGAGAACACAAAGCUUUUAAAACUGUAUAUAAUUAUCUCCUGUGCCUCUGUAGGAUCCUUAUGAAACUAGAACUAUAAACUAUUUAUCUGAGAUCAACUGUACAUUUAGAGCAAGACUCCUAGUUCAACUCAGAUACCUCCUUGGUUUGGAUGAAGGUCAGAAUAUGAACGAGUUGUAUUAAUAAUCAUGUUCACUUAGAACAAUGUAGGCCUAACUGGAUGUAUUUAUUUAUUGUUGUUUUAUGUGUAUUUUACUAGAAAAGAUUCUGAAUGCUGUAUAAAUCUCAUGUAGCCUUUAAGACAGCAGGCAGUCUGCAUCUCUUCAGGUCUGCGUCACAUCAGGCAUUGAGGAACGUGGUGUUCUAGGUCACACUCAGGGGGAGCCUUCAGAAGGAGCACAUUUGAUGUGCAGAGCUGAUCCCUGGUAAAGAUGUAUAAAAAGCCUUAAAACUCAGCUGUUAUUGCAACAUCAUGAUCACUGAGAGGAAAAAUCCACUGUUUCAUAUAUUAAUUAUAUUUAUUCAGCAGAGGCCGCACGGUGGUUCUGUUCUUAGCCUCAUAGCAAGAAGGUCCUGGGUUCAAAUCCCAGCCUGGGGUCUUUCUGCAUGCAGUUUGCGUGUUCUCCCCGUACCGGCAUGGGUUCUCUCAGGGUAUUCCAGCUUCCUCCCAAAGUCCAAAGACUGUUUGGUUAAUUGGUCUCUAAAUUGUCCUCAGGUAUGAUAGUGUGUGAUGGAUCUGUGUCCAGGACGUCCCCGUCCUCUCGCCCUCUGACCACUGGAGAUAGGCACCAGUUUGUCCUUGUGACCCUAUAAGGUCAAGCAGGUAUGGACAAUGGUUGAAUAACUCUUUGCCCCCUGCUGUUAAUACUCUGUUCAACGUUUCUUCGCCAGUAGAACAACACUCCGUCUUUUCUAUAACAUUCCCCAAGGUUGAGGGACCUUUGACCAUUUCUUGUCUCACAUUCUGUGGAGAUCCUCCAGAAUCCUGGGUCUUCUCCUGCGCUCUCUGCUCCUCAGCUCACCCCACAGGUAUUUAGGUCUGUGACGGCCCUAAAAGAUGGUUGACUUCGUAUCUCUGAACCAUUUCUCUGUUGAACAAUGACCCAACAGUGACCCAUUUCCAGUUUUCCGGUACGCUCAAUUUUUUGCAUCUUUACCAGGUUGUAAACAAACGUGUCGGAAUCUGUACCUGAUGGAUGUAUUUCUCCAUUUGUGCCAAUUCAGCAGUUGUUUCAUGUAUGUUUUAAUGUGUCAGAGUCCCUCAUGCAUCUGCUGUGAACAUCUGAGCUGAGUUGGAGUUAAGUUGAAGCAUCGGUUCCAUAGAUGCAAGUCGGGUCGUAGCAGGUUCUGCUCAGCGUAAACCUCCAGGUCUGUCCUUCUCCUCGGGGACAAACUGCCACCUUAAAAAGAGUCCAGAGUUAAAAACUCAUUUCUUCUAGGAUGCCUAACAUGAACCCAGAACAUUGACGGGCCCGUGUUCUGCCAAACAAAAGCUUUAAAGUAAACCAGUCAUGUUUAUCUACAAAGAUGAGCUGGUUUCAUUUUACUGUAUAAGAUAAAUGAGUCACUGUGUUGUUUUCUGACUCGUUUCUUGAUCUUGAUCAAAAAUUUACAGAUUUUUUUCUUUAAAUUGUUUUUUAUUUAUAUUUUUAUCUCUGGCCUCAAGUAUGAAAUACCUCAAUAACCUGCCUACCUAAUGGCUGCUAGUUAACACCUUCUUGCAGGUAAAGUUGUUGAAAAUAUGCCGAAACAUUUACAUUCAGACUGUUUACUCCGUGACGUGACUUCCUGUCUGCGGUUUGCAGACCGGUUUCCUGAGGACCGGAUGUCCAGAAUAAUUCAGUCCAGGUCGGCUGCUCAUCAUGAUUAAUCUGCUGCUCUUUAUGUUUUAUUUUCUGUUCUCAUCUUUAGAGCCGCUGGACCCUGUAGCGGAGCUCCAUCGCAGCGCAGGAUCUGUUUAAUCCCAGAACUCUGUAAAUUGUAUAUUCUGAUUAAAGUGUUGUUUGGACCUCAUCUGCAUUGAAGAUUGAAAUUCAUAUCUAAUAAAAGCACCAUAUACUAAAUAAA